AUGGCCACGCGCAGCACAGCCGCCCGUCUGCGGCGCACAUUCCGCUAUCCUACCGACGACGACGACGCCACUGGGUCCGACUCUGACUCUGCGCCCUCGGCCAUGGACGAACAAGAGCAAGAAUCCUAUAUUCAGCGUCUCUCUGCCCGGAACCGCUCCCAAAACGCGUCUCUCGCCCUCCUCCUGCUGCUCAUCCCUCUCCUCGCCACUAUUCCUUACCUCGCCGCGCUGCCCUCCCUCCCAUCCCUCCUCGCUCUCUCGUCGCUGCUCGCCACCGCCUACCUUGCCCGGCGGCUGCCGCCCACGGUGACUGGCCUCGGACCCCUCGAUGCCUGGACCGGCACCGGCGGCGCGGCCGGCGCGCGCGGGCCCUUGGACAGGACGCUGCCGUGGUUGAAUGUGCUACUGGCCGCGCUGCUCGCAUUUUGGGGCGCCGCAGUCGCCUACAAGGCGAGCCGCUUUGGCGGCGGCGGGAGCGGGAGCGGGCCGCUGGCGUGGCCCAUCCUGUGUAAUCUGCCCGCGGGCGUGUAUGUGGUGGUGCUGCUGGCCAAGGUCGUCAUGGCAGGUGUCGAUCCGGAAAAGGAGCUGUCUGCGCUGCGAUAUAAUUACAAGGGCGUAUAA